AUGGAGCAGAGAGUUCGCCGCCGUUCGCGAACGGUCUACUCGGCGCGCUACAAGCUGCGCGUCGUCAGCGAAGCCCUCGCCCGCCCCCCGUCGUGCCGGAUCAAGCCAACCUGUCGCAACCACCCCGGCAUCGAGCCGACCCAGCUGCGCAAGUGGAUCAAGAAGCACAAGAGCAUCGCAACGUUCGCGGGCAUGGAGGAACGGCAAGAGUGCGAGCUCGAAGCCUUCCGGUCCGACCCGCUGGGCACGGCCCCGCUCUUUGCCCUGCAAGCCGGCAGUGAGGCGUGCCGCCGAACGCUGCGGCCCAGUGGGGAGGGCUGGGGGAGCUGUAUCUCAAUCGUGCGGGCGGCGGCGAUGGAGGAUGUUCUUCCAUCCUUCACGCCGGCCCUCAUCUCGGAGUACAUCCGCGUCCUCGACUUGGUGGGCGAUAUGCUUCACCCCGCGCCGGUGCCGGCGGCCGCCUUCUCGCCUAGCUUCUCGCGUGUUGCGAGCGAGGAGUUCAUCUAG